AUGCUCCACCCUCUAUUGUAUGUUUCGCUGAUCACCAAAAAGCACUUCUUGACGUUCAAUCAUUCGGUGCUGAGUCAUGGCAGCAACAGUGGUGGUCAUAGUUUCAUUUCAACACAACAAGCAGGAGGAGGAACAAGUACAGUAUCAUCCGAUAUCAUGAGCAUCUAUCCCUAUAUCCAUGUUUUGAAUUGCAACACUUCCACUACCGUUGAAGAUUUAUUUUUGUUCUUUGUUUCACCUGUUACAGCAACAUCAUCCUCCUCCGUAUCACCACCCUCACAACAACGAUUACCCAUGUUACUCACAACAUCACCUAAAACUCCGAACAUUGAAUUCAAUGAUCCAACAACAAACCUACAAUCACCACCAUCCUCAUCCUCCUCACAACAUAUUUCCAUGCACAACAACCCUUCCACUGUCAGUACCAAUAAUAGUUUAUUAUCUGCCAAACAUAAGAGAAGUACGAGUUUGAGUAUACAUCAAGAUCAACAACUCAAUUCUACAGUGACCUCAACUACCACCACCAACAACACUCCAAACACCACCUCAAAUCAUACAAUUACCACCACAAAUGCAUCACCACCGUCAUCAUUUUUCAAAGCCUCUUCUCCUCCAACCAUAUCCACCACCACUCUUCAAACCACUGUAAAUAUGGAAAUGAAAAGACAAAGUUUAAAAGGAACUCACAAUAAGAAUAUAUUUAGUUUUGAUGAUCGAUAUUUCAUGACACAUUUGGCAGAACAAAUUAAUGUUGCAAAUAAUGUCGGAACUAUGGGAAACACUUCUCAUCCUAAUAAUGGGACUACAAAUUCCAAUCAACAAUCAAAUUCCACCACAUCUUCCUCAUUAACAAACUCAUCAACCGUGAAUCAUCAAUCCUUUCAUCAUCAACAUGUUCCAUCCAUGCCUUCCUCUUCACCUUUUACUUCUCCGCCUUCUCCACUUCAAAGACAUGGAAGUGUAUUAAUUUCUAAAAGAAAUUACAAACAUCAUUCUAAACAUCAAUCAAAUCAGAAUACGAGUUUAUUUUCUAAUAAUUUUGAUUUAAUGUUUUCACCGAAUACAAUGUUGGAUUUGGGUGUAAAAAUUGAAAAAAUGGAAAUGGAAAAUUCAAAAAAUGUGAGAAUUUUAAUUUUAAAUAAUUUUAGAAGUGUAUCAAAAAGAGUGAAAUAUGCGUUAUUGGAAAUAUUUAAAUUCAAAAAAGUAAUUUUGGGAGAUAAGACUUUUGAUAUUCCAUUUGAAUUUAUUUGUAUUUGUGACACUUUGGAAUUACCAAAUGCAUUGUUGUGUGAAUUUAUAGGUUUUGUACCUUCUCUGAGUAUUUCUUCAACAUUUACUCUUCAAGACGUUCAAAAUUAUUCCUCCAAUAUUCAACACAUCAUGUCACAACAUUCUAAAAACAUGGAUAGAAAGUCAACGAGUUAUGGAUCAUUGGUUGCACCAUCACUCAUUGACUGUGUUGAUGUUACAGUGAAAAUUCAGCAAUAUGUUAGAGAUAUCAUUGCUGUGUGUAGACAUCAUCCACUUGUGAAACAAUAUCCAACACCUGAAGUGACAAGUAUGAUCAUUAUGGCUGCCAAAGCAUAUGCAUUAAUGUGGAACAAGACCUUUGUAACACCUACUCAUGUUCAAGCAAUCAUUUCUAAUGUGUUGUAUCCUCGAGUGGAAUGCAAUUCAGAAGACAAGUGGAGUAUUUUACAAGAUGUUGUUUCAUGUGUGUUACCACCCUAA